AUGCCGGCUACGGCGCUGGAGGAAAAAGAUGGAAAAACACAGGGAGAUGAGAUCAAGUUCGCCACCUCCAACGAGAGCAAGGCGGUUUCCACAGCUCCUCCCGUCUCGCUGCAGCAGUGGGCGCAGGGCACCGCUGAAAGGCUGCCAGCUUUGGCGCAGCUUAGUGGGUCGGUGGUGGUCAUCAAAUACGGCGGCGCGGCCAUGGUGGAGAGCCCGGAGCGCACCAUGCGCGACGUGGCGGCGCUGGCUGCCAUGGGGCUGAAGCCGGUCUUGGUCCAUGGAGGUGGUCCCGAGAUCAACAGCUGGCUGGCCAAGGUGGGCAUCGAGCCCAAGUUCGUGCGCGGGCUGCGGGUGACCGAUGCCGAUACCAUGGAGGUGGUGGCUAUGGUCCUGAUGGGAAAGGUGAACAAAGGCAUAGUGGCCACAAUGGGAGCAGCCGGCGUCUCUGCCGUAGGCCUUAGUGGUGUGGAUGGAGGUUUGCUUCAGGCGAAGAAGGUGGACGAUGAGGAGCUGGGUUUCGUGGGAGAAGUCACAGGCGUGAGGGAAGAUCUUCUCUUGACCGCCUUAGAAGAGGGUUUUGUGCCGGUGGUGGCCACAGUGGCUGCAGAUGACGAGGGAAACUUCCUGAACGUGAAUGCAGACAUUGCGGCGGCGGCCAUUGCCCGAGCGUUGGAGGCAGAUGAGUUCGUGCUGAUGACGGACGUGCCGGGCAUCUUGCGCGACGUCAAGGACCCCGGAUCUCUGAUCUCAGAGGUGGACGAGACAGGUGCCGAACAGCUGAUCGAGGAAGGCGUAGUGGCGGGUGGAAUGAUUCCCAAAGUGACCUGUUGCUUAAGGGCCAUCAAGGAUGGUGUACAGGCCACACACAUCAUCGAUGGCCGCCGGCCGCAUGCCAUCCUGGAGGAGCUGUUCUCUACUGGCAGCGACAAACAGGGCACCACCAUCCGUAGGAGCUGA